GUACCAAUAUGGCUUCGCUGCUUUUACCGGAAGCGGAUGUCUCGCCAUCUUUGUAGAGGCGGGGAAGUGUGCUUGAAAAGAAGAAGAGUCUCAGGCCGUGAAAAUGGAGGGGGCUAGCUCUUCGACUCAUGGACCUACACCUAUUUUCUGGUUUGGACACAGAUGGCAGUGAUGGGGGCCUCCCUGGCCACCACAUGCUAUUUACAGGAGAUGAGGGAGCUCCAUGCUCCAUUGAUAUGCCAGGUUUGCUCCACUCUCAGCCUCUCUAUGGAGUGUAUGGGUAUAGCAAGUUUCCGGGGAGCAGCGACAAUUACCUUACAAUCACAGGGCCAGGACACCCUUUUCUUACAGGGACAGAGACUUUUCACACACCCAGCCUUGGGGAUGAGGAGUUUGAGAUUCCACCCAUCUCUCUGGAUUCUGAUCCCUCCUUGGCUGUAUCUGAUGUAGUUGGUCACUUUGAUGACCUUGGAGACCCUUCUGGAGUGCAGGAUGAGGGUUUUGCUACACAAUAUGGUGUACAGACUUUGGACAUGCCGGUUGAGAUGACCCAUGAAGUGAUGGACCAAACUGGAGGGCUCCUUGGAGCUGGAUUGGCUAUGGACUUGGAUCAUCCCAUAGUCACACCCUACAGUGCAAAUCCUCCUGUCACCAUAGAUGUAUCAAUGACAGACAUGUCAUCUGGGAUUCUGGGACACAGUCAGCUUACCACUAUUGAUCAAUCAGAGCUGAGCUCCCAACUUGGUCUGAGCCUUGGUGGAGGGGCUAUCCUGCAUCCUGUCCAGUCUCCUGAGGACCAUCUUUCCCCCACCCCAUCACCAACAAGUUCUUUGCAUGAUGAAGAUAUGGAAGACUUCAGAAGGAUAACAGCCCCUAAAAACAUAAUUGUGGAGCAAGCCAAGAAGCCAAAAACUCCCAAGAAGAAAAAAAAGAAAGACCCAAAUGAGCCACAGAAACCACUGUCUGCAUAUGCUCUGUUUUUCCGUGACACGCAAGCUGCCAUCAAGGGGCAAAACCCCAAUGCUACCUUCGGGGAGGUGUCAAAAAUUGUGGCAUCUAUGUGGGACAGUCUAGGAGAGGAGCAAAAACAGGUUUACAAGAGGAAAACAGAGGCGGCUAAAAAGGAAUAUCUUAAGGCACUGGCACUGUAUAAAGCAAAUCAGCUAUCACAGGUUGCUGUUGACACAGUAGAUCUGGACCCCCCAGCUGUUCCUGCUCUACUGUCAGAAUCUCCUGUUCCAUCUCCUUCUGUAGUAACUGCCACCAGCAUUCCUGAGUGUGUGUCUUCUCCCUCUGCACCCAGUCCCCCAUCUCAGACAGUGGCUUUGCCUCAACAAAGCAUUGCUAAAAUAAUCAUUUCAAAACAGAUACUGCCAGCUGGACAGAACCCUACCUCUAUAGCCUUGUCCCAGGGUGUGGUUACUGUUAUUCCUGCCACUGUGGUGACAUCUCGCGGACUACCUUUAGCUCAACUUCAACCUAGUCCUCAGGCUCAGAGGGUAACACGUUCAGUGUUACAGGCAGCCAUGCAGAUGCCACCACGUCUACAGCCACCACCCUUGCAGCAAAUGCAGCAGCCCCCAAGACUUCAGCAGAUGGCCCCUGCUCAGCAGCCUUCAAUCACUAUCCUGCAGUCGCCACCUCCGCUACAACCAAUGCAGAAAGUGCGCCUAACGCUGCAGCAGCCUCCUCCCUUGCAAAUUAAAAUUAUCCCUCCUCCACUGCAACCUCAACCCCAAGCUGUACAAGUGCAAAAUCAAAGCCUGUCAGUCAUUAAUGUUUCCACUUCUCCUGAGGCCCCUGCCUCACCCCCUGAGCAGUUGGAGGUGUUACCUGAAGUGGUCCAAGAGGAGUCUCCCCCUCCACAGAUGGAUGUGGAGCUUGUGAGCAGCUCUCCCCCUCCCAGCCUUUCACCUCAGCCCCGAUGUGUCCGUUCUGGAUGUGAGAAUGCACCAAUAGAAUGCAAAGAUUGGGACAAUGAGUAUUGUAGUAAUGAUUGUGUAGUGAAACACUGCAGAGACACUUUCAUGGCAUGGAUUGCUGCACGCAGUCAGGGCACACUUGCACCUGUAAAAUAACACUCAUUCCCCUGAGUCGGGGGGCAUGUUAUGGGAACCUGUGGAGUGAGGCCUAUAACUCCUAUGGAUACUACAAAUAUCCAAGAGACAUGUUUUUACAGACUGCUCUGUACAUACAAUUAUGUCUCCAAAAAGACAAGGAUAAAGGACCAUUAGUUUGGAGAGCAUAUGGACUCACUUUAUAAGUCCUUGGCACUUGGAGAGGAAAUGCUAUGAAUGACUUCAUUCGGUGUGCAAGAUUUCCAUUUUGCACUGGAAACAAACUCUCAUUUUAUUUUUUUUUUCCCCUUUACACUUUUAAGAUUGCAACAGCCAACGCUGGGAUGAUUAGGAUAAAAAUGAACCUUGUCAAUUAGUCUGAGCUUCUGAAAGUGUUACAUCAGUUUUGCUGCACCUCAAGAAAUAAGACUUUCUAAAGGAAGUCAUGUAGAUAUCAAUUUGAAGCAUUUCUGGAUCCAGUAAUACCUCAUAAUGAGCAGUUCAAGAAAUCCCUCCAAUGCCAUUCUGAAGAUGCAGUUUCACAAAUUACACAUAUAUAGAGUAAACAUGCCUUGCUAUACAGAAAAGAUACUGUUUUAUGAAGGUUGUUUUUCACCCUGGGCUCCUUGGAUAAAGUUGAGUAUAUUAUGGCAAAUCUGGUUAGAUUAGUGCCAAGCAAGAGGGUAGAAGGGGUGGUGGCUUUUUCAAUUAAACAAAGUUUUUUGAAAACAAAACAUUUUACACUUAGUUUUCUGGGGGGACUGAUAUUUAAUAGCUAUAUUUGUAUUCAGCAUAAUUGCUUUUAAAUAUAGCUGUUCCCAGAUGAAGACUAGAACAAUAAAAUUAAGUAGUGUUUGUUCACAGGUAAAAAUAAAGAAUGCAGGUACCUGCUUUUUCUCAAGGUCCACCCUGCAGUUCUUUUUAGAAACACUGAGAUACAGUUGUUUAAAACUGAGGAAGCAGUGGGUAGCAGCACCGUUUAUUGGUGCUUUUGAAAAGCUCAGGGAAAACUAUGUAUGUGUUGGAGUGAAUAGCCAGAAAAACAAGCCAGUGGUGCAUCACGAUAAUGGCAGGUUGAUGCACUAGGUUAGCUUCCAUCAGAACCUGUCUUCCUUGACCUGCUGUUUUAACCAUAUAAACAAAGCAACAGCCUGCGACUGAUUUACUAAUAUUGGUGCUCAGUUGCACCAGUGCAUUUUGUUUUGGUCAGACUAUUCCAACCUAGGAAUGAAAACAAGCAUUUUGUGUUAACUAUAUUGGUGAAAUAUCACUGGUGUUAGUGACCUUGAUUUGGUUUGAUAAAGGUGCUCAGGAUUUUUUUUUUUUGCAGCCGAUUGUAUUGGUUCAUGCUGGCUGUGCCACUGUUCCAGCAGUAUUGGUGUGAUUAGGAAUCUCCCCUGAAAGCAAAAGACUGAAGCCUAUCGCUGUAGAUUUGAUUGCAGCCAGCCGUAGCUGUUAGGAGGCAACGGCAUGAAUUUUUAAAAUAUGUUGGAUCCUAAACCUUGUUAAAUGUAUGACAAAUCACUAAUGUGAAAACCGUUCUUACGGUAUGUUGCGGCAGAAUAAAUUAUGUUUGAACAGUU